AUUUUUCAUAUGCCAAAAAAAAAACCUAUUUUUGACACUUUUUAAUGCAAAAAUAGAAACAAAUAUUAUAACCAUUGGCAUCGAAUCAUAACACUAAAUGAUUUCUAAAUUUAUUGUUUUCAAACGCAGUUUAUAGUUACAUCCACAUUCUCUUUUUUAGAUUUAAAGAUAUGUUAAAGUUAGAGGAACUUCCUCUGAUUUAAACAAUCCCCUACAUACAAUACUAUGAAAAUUUCAUGACAUAAAUUUUCUGUGCGAGUGCAGAUAGCAUUAUCCUAACCAACCAUGAGCGACAACAUAAAAAAAUGGGCAUGUGAAUAUUGUACUUAUGAGAACUACCCUUCUACGAUUAAAUGCACCAUGUGCAGAGGUGCUAAACCGUUCGAGGAUAUAUACAAAUUAAAUGAUGGUGGCAGAGAUGACAGAUGUUCCCCCAUAGGAGCCACUGCUUCCGUCGAAGUUAAAAAUGUUAAAGACAAAACUUGUCAAUGUGAUAACUGCAGUAAUUUUACAAACUGUUCAUCUUGUAUAAGUUGUUCAAGUACCUUUACAACAGCAUCCAACCUCCACGAGCACAUAAUGCCCUUAAGAAUAUCUCAGAAUUCAGGCUCUGAUCAGAAUUUAGCGAGAAAUACCAGCCCUCCUUCUAGUUUAUUAAAUUUAGAAAAUAGUAAAAAGUCUGCCCAAAGUAAAUGGAUGUGUCAGACCUGUACUUAUGAAAAUUGGCCAAAAUCCUUAAGGUGUGCAAUGUGUGGAACUCAAAAUAACCAGAGAUCCCCACCAGGCAGUCGCAUUAUGUCAGCCUCACCGGAACGAAAAAACUCAAGGGAUGACAUCAAUCAAAGUGCUAUUAUAGAUCCUUCCCAAAAUAACAUCGAUUCUGAGCACUGUAUAAGACAAUUACGUCGUAACGCCGAUUGGAACUGGUUAAACGCUUGCAUGGGGGUCAUAGAGGGAGACCCCAUUCCAGUGGAGGCUUACCUUGCUUCCGGUGGUGAUCCCGCUAGGUCCCUCACUGCCUCUGAAUGUGCUUUACUCAAUAGAAAUUCGGCUUUCGAUGUUGGGUUUACCUUGGUACAUUUAGCUAUUAGAUUCCAAAGGGAGGACUUGCUGGCCGCUUUAUUGUCGCAGAUAGAAGGAUCCGGGGGAUCGGGUAUUAAAAGGGUGCCUAGUUACGUUGCGCCCGAUCUCGCGGCAGACAUAAGGAGACAUUUUGCCACCACCCUGAGACAACGAAAAGGAAGUUUUCCUUGUCAUUACGUCACAGAGUUUCCUACUUUUACUUUGCCAGCAGAGGUGAGUACUUUACCUGUUUCCGUCCAAGAGCAACUGAUGUCCGAACUGUUAGACAAGGACGCACAAGAAGAGUUAGAAGGGGGCGACGCGGCUGUGAUAAAUUGGGCGAUCGGUGCAGGGGUGUGCCGGUUAUACGCCCUCUGGAAUAGAUCUGCAGGUGAUUGCUUGUUAGAUAGCGUAAUGCAAGCCACUUGGGGUGUAUUCGACAGAGAUAACACCCUGAGGAGAGCUCUGGCUGAAACCCUGGUGCACGCGGGAUACGUCUUUUAUCCGCGUUGGAAAGAGUACGAGUCGUCGCACGCAUCUUUCUUGCAAUAUUCUUUGGAGGAUGCUCAAUGGGAGGACGACUGGAGCAGUUUGGUGGCAUUGGCUGCUCAACCCGGCUCUAGUUUAGAGCAACUGCAUGUAUUCGCUUUGGCACACAUACUUAGGAGGCCCAUAUUAGUUUAUGGGGUUAAGGUUGUGAAAAGCUUUAGAGGCGAAGCACUCUGCCCAGCACGUUUCGAGGGGAUCUACCUGCCGCUACUGUGGGACCACAGUUUUUGUUCGCGAUCUCCCUUGGCCUUAGGUUACACGAGAGGACACUUUUCAGCUUUAGUUUCUAUAGAAUCCGUCGGCGAACGUCAGCGCUUCCGGGCGUCUUUACUACCUUUGGUCGACAGGGAUCGAAAACCGUUACCUAUACAUUUUUUAUUAGAAACCGAAUUGGGUCGCGAAGAAACCAUCCUGAGACAGUGGAUGGACGUAACAGAAACCGAAGAUGGAAUUUUGGUAGCUCAACAACAUUUUCACAAACGGCCACUGCUGGUCGCGCAAAUAUGCGAGGAAUGGCUGAAUCAUUACAGGAGAAUAAUAGGCUGAACUAACGUUUUUUUUAUAGCCAAAUGAGUUGCGCCCCAUUUGAACGGCCGGUGUCUACGCUCGCUUAUUCGAGCGAAGAAGAAACGGAUUGCGAAUGACCUUUAAAAAUGAGUUCUUGCCUUUAGAGAUAAAAUUGUCAAUAAAAUUA